CCAGUUUUCUACUUUUAGCGUUGAAAAAGGAGAUAGUGACCAGUUGUUGUGAAGUUAGAUGUAGUUAGAUGUAUUUGUCUCGUUGAAUGCUACACACUGUCAAAAAGCACAAGUUGAGCAAGAAAAUGGAACUAAAAGAAGUUAACGGCGCAGAGUUUUUGCCUUUAGCAAACGCAAGAAACCGACUGCUUCAACAAAAUGUCCGAGACAAGCGGAAUAAACUCGCUCAGCUACUAAUGGAACUCGAUCAAAAUGAAAAUGUUGUUAAAACUGCCGAACAAGAUCUCACGACGCUUGAACAAAGCACACAACAAACACAUGUUCUGGCAAAAAAUAUUCGCAAUCAAGUACGCCAGGAACGGGAAGCGCUAAAUUUGGCGAGCACCGAAACCGGAACCAUAGAGCAAGAAACUAAACGGAUCAACCAAAAAUUGCAACAAAUGACAAAAAAUGUUGACUUUCACAAGAAAAAAUUAGCGGAACAAAACCUGGACUUGGAGAGACUAAAUCAGUUGUAUGAGGAGGAAGAAAAAUUUGUGGUUGUCAUGGAGAAAAUGGUUGAAUCGCAAUUGGAAGAUCACUCGAUUUUGGAUAAAUAUUCGCACCAAGAUAAUUUGACAAUCAAAGAGUUGGAAAUUAAAUUGGCUAGAACAAAAGAGGACAUUGAUGACAUAGAUCGCCAAUUUAAAACAGCCAAAGAAGAUCGUGAGAACACCGCAAUUCAACUGAAUAAAAUGCAAGAAGAGUUUCGAUCAAUGACGGAAGAUCGCGAUCAAAGUCUUCAGCAAUGGGAAGCUACUGUACUACAAUCAGAUAAUUGCCGGAAGCAACUAGAUAAAGCUCGCAUAGAUUACCAAGCUGUAAAGGAGCUCGCCAACGCAGAUCAGAAUCGACUCGACAGUAUCAAUAGGUGUAUCAAGCAAUUUGAGGACGAUAUUACUGGUCUCGAGCGCGCCUUUCAUACACGAGAACUAGUGGCUAAUCAAAUGAAGAUUAAAAUAGACGAUCUUGAAAAACUGCACAAUGAUCAGCAAUCGGAGUACGUUGCAUUCGAAAAGGUUGCUAAAAGACUAACCACCGAGAUAAUGGGAUCGAGGAAAAAUUCGGAAAACCUUAAACACAAAAGCAUAGAAAUUCAAGGCAAAUUAGCCGAAGCGCAAGACAAGUACAAACAGCAAGAAAAAGAACUGGAGGAUUUCAGAAGAACUGUCGGUUCAGCAACUGCACAGAAAGAAUCCCUCGCAGUUUUAUCGAAGGCGGCAGAUGAACGAUUUGCACGUCACCGCAAUCAUCUUAACGAUAUUGCCAACGAAUACACCACCGUUCAAACUGAUAUCAACGAUAUCAAAUCUAAAUUGAAUAGUUGCGCGACCAUUAUGCGAUUCAACGUACACAGCAUGCGAAAUCUUGAGAAUCAAAUCACCGUUCUUAAGCAGAAAUUGAUCCAGCACGAAGAAUUGGUUUACAAAAAGAGUAUGGAAAUUGUUCGUGUCGAGAUGGAUCUUCGAAGGUUGCGACACAACGACGGCGAGUCUGAGGAGCGCAAAUCACAGCGUGAACAAAUAGAAGUUUUGAAAUUGGAAUUAAAUUCUUCUAACUCCCAUCUAGUAGCUCUAAAAUACGAAGUUUCGAAGACUCAGAGUGACGCCAUCGGUUUACAGCGAAGCUGCGACAUCCAACAGCAAAAGAAGAACGUCAUGCAUACUUUGUCAAAGCAAUUGGAAUCUGAAUGCCAGAGUCGUGAAAGAGAAAGCCGUGUUCUAAGACGAGACCUCGAAGAAAUUCGCAUGGGAGAGAGCCUUAUCCAUUUGGAUAUUAAGCGCAGAGAGAGCCUGAUUGAAAUGCGUAUGGCAGUGGUGCAGCAUCUAGAAAAUCAGAAAAGGCACAUUGAAAAUGCCAUCCAAACACGCUUAGAAGAGUUAGAGAAUCAAAUGGAAUUACUUCAGCUCGAAAGUCGUUCUUUGAAGGAACGCAAUCAGCAAAUGUUGGCGACGGUAAAUCAAAAAGCCACCGAAAUUGACCAUAUCAAGUUAAGGUACGACAUUGUGGCCGACACUCUUGUAAUGGAAAAUGGUCAGCAAGAAACUUCGGAAGCAUAUUUCAUUAUCAAGAUGGCACAAGAAAAAGAAUUCUUAAAGGAAUCUAUUAGCGAUUUGCAAAACAUAGUAUAUGGACUAGAAAGUGACAAUUCGGCUCUGAAUAGCACUCUGCAAUUAGUUUCUUCAUCCAACCAGCAAUUUCGUCAGGCGUGCAUUGUUGGCGUACUUACUGAUGAUGACAAGGCGCUUAAAAAUAAAAUGGAAACUGAAGAGAAAGAUCUGGAGAAGAUGGUGGAAGAUUUUAAAAAAGAAUACUAUAACCAGUACCAUUUUUUUCAACGCUUGGACGGAGAGUUGCGCCAUCUUAAAGAGGAGGCCUAUCGUCUAAAAAUUCAAACCGAAGAAAAACUAAGCGUUGGGAAGGACCUCACCAACGAAAUUGAACAACUUCAAACCAAAAUAGAUAGAGCUAAAGAUAUCAACCUUGUUAUGCAAAAAAGCAUACGACGUACGAAGAAGACUAAAAGUAAACUUAGCGAAGAAAUCGAUUUUGAGAUACGCCAGAUCCAGGAAAAAUGUAUGAGUGCACAAACAGCCAUCUUUACCAUGACUGAAAGUGAUCCUGAUGCUAAAACUGCUCUCAUUAAAUUCUUGGAAGAAACGGCCAUCAGUGAAUCCCGUGAAGUAAAAGAAGUUGUGUUACCUGCGCUACCCAACAAAACACGCCUGGAAAUUACAGACUUCCCCCACUCUCCUUCAUCAAUUAGCUCACCCCCUUCAAUGAGCUCAUCAAAUCCCGCUGGAAAGUAACCUUGGAAGAAAUUUACAUGAUUUUGAAUUAAGUUAUAUUUAAUAAAAUUAUUUUUUCGUAAUUUUCGAACGUCAUAAAAUAAACUUUGUGUUCGCCACCGC